AUGCUUAAAUUACGUCAACUACAGGAACAAAAGAAGAAAGCACUAGAGAAUAAAAACAAAGCGCAACCUACAACUACUCAACUAUCUUCAGCGAGAAUCCGCCUUCAACGGGAUUUAGAUGAUCUCGACUUGCCACCGACUGUCACAAUGAACAUACUAUCAUCUCCAAUAGAUCCAGGAAGUCGUAGCCCCCCAUUGCUAGAAAUAACAGCUUAUCCAGACGAAGGUUUCUACAAAGGAGGCCACUUUACAUUCAAGCUUGAAUUUAAUGAUGCUUACCCAAUUGAGCCCCCAACCGUGAUAUGCACAAGUAAACUAUAUCAUCCCAAUAUUGAUAUCGACGGGAAAGUGUGCUUAAAUAUUUUAAGAGAAGAUUGGUCACCAGCUUUAGAUGUGCAGAGCAUAAUUAUAGGGCUUUUAUUUCUCUUAUUAGAACCGAAUGCCAAAGAUCCGUUGAAUAAGGAUGCUGCAAUGAUGUUGAGUACAGACACUGCUCGUUUCGCUUCAUUGGUGAAUCGCUCAAUGGCAGGAUAUUCUAUCCAUGGAGAGUCUUAUGACUAUGUCCUCUAA